CUAGGUCCGAGUCGAGUCGAGAGAUCGCAUCUAGGUAGGUCGUAGCGCGUAGGCAGGUAAUCGAUCGGCCCCCCGUGUGCUGCGUGAAGUUGUACUGUCAUACAGGUAGACUGAGGACCCCACGACAGUCGCUCAACUCAAUUGUCCAAAUCCAUCCAUCCCCCCAUCCAUCCAUCGUACUUGCGUCCGCCAUCUAUACACACGUCAGACACACACAGACAGACAGACAGAUACACAGACACCACUGCCCGCAACCAUUCGUAUGCGACAGACAAACGCACUCCCUUUCUCCCUCCCUCCCUCCCUCCCUCCCUCCCUCCCCGACCAGCCAGCCAGCCAGCCAGCCAGCCAGCCACACCAGAUGCGCCACAUCCGAUAGCCCCACAUAUGGACACGAAGGAAGGGAAAGAAAGCAGACUGUACCACACACAUACAGACACCCCGCCCGCAGCCAGCCCAUCCACUCCCUCACGGCGUGGCCUUAGCACGCCCCCUCCUGCCCGUGGCCCGGCCGCCCCUCUCGGUCGCCCCCACACUGGUACCGCGGCCACUGACGGUCGUGCCGGUCUUGCGCCUCUGCUUGCGCUCGGCGUUCUUGGUCACCUGGGUGUAAAAGAGGAAAAUAAGCCGUAUGUUUGUAUGUAUGGUGAGUAUGUGUGUGUAUGAAGCUGACCUGCGUGGCCGCGGGAGGCGGUGAGGGCGAGGUGAUGGUUGUGCGGCAACGACGGAGCGGCCGGGAAACGGCGGCCGGAGCCAACCAGGUCUGCAGCAAACCCACCCAUCCAGCAAUCGAUGGAUGCAUCGAGACUGAGUGCUUUCUUUCCCUGCCCACACUUACUUACCUCUACUAGUCCCUCCAACACGCUGAUCUGCUCCCCCUCCCCCUGCCGUGCAAACGCCGCCAACUGCGCUACAGACGGCCCCUCACACAGGCCCGAGCGGCCGCCCCCCUGCUGCACCGGCAUGUGGUGGUGGUCUUGGUGUUUGUCGUUCAUGCGGUAGAGGUAGCACGUGUGUCGCUCGUUGGAGCCGUGCAUUGACAUGGGCAGCCGGGCGGCGAGGGUGCCGUCCAGACCGAACUCCUCAACCAGAUCUGCAGGGGAGAGAAGACACACACACACGACACAGAGAGAGAAUGAGAGCACCUGCUAUGCUCAUCCACCACCUACCACCGCGGAAGCAGCAGAAGGCGGUGAGAGUGCGCGUGACGUUGGCGAUCUCCACGAAACUGACACAUACAGAGCCGCAAAGCACAUGUGAGCAAGAACGAGACCUCGAUUGAUUGGCAUUUCCCUGUCUGUCUGUCUGUCUGUGUCCGCUCCCCUACCUAAUCAUGACAUCAGCAGGCAUGCCCACAUCGAAUGUGUAGAUGUGGGUGGCCGGCUCAAACGUGUCGAGCGCCGUGCAGUCGCCCUUCCCGAAGGCUAUACGAAGGGGAGGGGGAUUGGCCUCUUCUCGUGACUGCACCGCACCAUCCACACAUGUGUGGACACACACACACAUGGACGAACGCGCUGCCUGUGGUGAUGCGGCUGAUUGUGUGCGCACCUGCACGAUGUUCUUGGCGAAGUGCAGCUGCUGUCGUAGCGAUAGGUAGAACGAGGAGGCAUCUAUCUCCAUGCCAACUGCAGCAACACACACAACGAUGAAUGCAUUCACUCAUGGAUGGAUGGAUGGACGGUCUCUGCACUCUCACGUGAGAUGAUCUUGGGCCGCAUCAGCGCCAGCAGAAGACUCGGCACGCCCCGGCCAGACCCUAGGUCAAGGAACACGGAAUCCUGCAACCACAAUUCACACGCCACGCGUGAGGCACAUCGAAUGCUUUCUCUGCCUGUGCUCACAUACAUCUUUCAUCCCGAACUCGGUCUGCAGGGUGUCGUACAGCGCCGCCAGCGACGAACGCCUAUUCUCGCCAUACAUGCCUGACAUGACACACCAACCAAACAGCCACACAGAGCCACAAAGCGUUCCACACGAUGAGUGUGAGGCCCAUUUUCCCGCGCCCCUUGCUGACUGACCAUAGGUGGAUGUGGCGAGGCGGGCGAGUUCUUUGCUGAAGAGGGAGGGGAUCAACGACUGCAGAAACGCCGUGUCAGGCAUGUUUAGUGCCCGCUAUCACCCAGGACGACAACAUUCACUCGCAGGCGUCUGGUCGCUUAAUUCAUC